GUGUGUGUGUGUGUGUGUGUGUGUGUGUGUGUGUGUGUGGGCGUACCUACAGGCAUGUGUAAUGGCACUGACCCAAAGGGAAUUCAUCCUGGAUAACUGGGAUGAAGUUUAAUAUAUCCUCAGACUUUACCUUGUUCUCCCCUCGCCUCAUUAUCUAUUUGCCCCUUUUACCCUGAAUCUCCGGCCCUCCUGCUUUCGUUCUUCCCCCUGAGCACAUUCAGUUCACAGCCCUGUCUUCCUGCCUGCAGCAGUAACAAAGGUUUUGCAUCCUACAGCUGAGGCUUUGAGUUCUUGUCAGUAUUUUUGAACAUACUGUGAAUGGUAACACAUUUUAGCACACAUCACUGUUUUGUUCAUGUUAGUUGAUGAUCUAUUGUCUUGACCUGGUCCUGAACUAAUCAUACUCCAGGCUUAGCCCUCGAUAGACAUGGGAUCUGCCAAACAAGGGUUUUAUUUUGGGUAAAAUAUACAAAAUCAUGAAAUAUUGAUAACUUAUCAAGCGGCGUUAAUCAAUACGUUUUAUAUAAAAAGUUGAUCACCUGAACCCAAUGAGAAUCUUCAGCCAACCCUGAGAUCCCCUCAGCUCUAUUGAGCGUUUAAGUGUCCUUCAGCUAUUUGGUUUUUUUACGGCCUGCAAAGCUCUACAAAUGUUGCAGCUGUUUUGAUUGAUUGAUACAUUUAUUUCAAACAGGUAAAAUAAAUAAUUACAAAACAAAACAAAUGCUGUUGGAGCAUUUAGCUGUUAAAGAGAUAUUUCCAUCAGGAGUUAGUGGAGACAGAAACAGAUAUUGUACUAAAACGAAUCAGGAGGGCCAGAAACACAAGUCUAGCGCUUGAUGCGUAAUUAGACAAUUAUUUGCUCAUGUGUUGCUAUGGUGUACACUCCAGUUUGUCAAAAAAGGACCACCAAAAAAGUUUCCAGGUAAAAAAGCCAAAACUGGAUCAUAUUAAUAACAAAAUAUGCCAGGGGAUACACCAAACAGCAGACAUUUUCCUCCACACAAUGUACAAUUUAUAACCAAACACAGUCUGGAGCAAUGAUGAGAGGAAGCACUAUAUUGAAGCAACAUUAAAGAAUAGUGAUACCUCACACUUAAUUUCUCGAGGUGCAGGUGAUGCAGUUUGCCCUGUCUAAACCAUUACAAUACUAGGGAUAACAAUUGAUAGUCAUUCAGCAGGCUGAAAACAUUCAACACAGGUGGUGGUACUUAAAGAAAACAGGGAAAGUGUCUAAUAGGUUAUUGACUCAUCGGGCAUUAACAUAAUGCCUGACACUAAACUGAAGUGCAUGAAAUGAUUCUCAGGCUUUAGAUGCUCCUAGAUGAGUAGAUGUCCCUCCUGAGCCAUACUCUAUAGCCAAAAUCCAUUAUUUUAUCUGAUUGAUUUGAUUAAGUGCACAAGACUGUCCCUCACUUGUCUGUAUGGUUUUCCAUUUUAGCAGUAUUUGUUUGCAAUGAGAGGAAGGUCAGCAGUAAAAUAAAUAUGGAGAGCAGGCUUGUUUGCUUCAGUUCUGAGAGUGUGUAGGCCAUGUUGAUAAGCUUGCCAAGUGUCACAUCUGACUGGUGUGUAGGUUUGUUGCGCUCUUCCAAAAAUACAGCAGAUCACUCUUCAUUAAAGAGGCAAAUAUAAGUACACAGCAAUAGAAAACCAGUGUAAGCUAACUUAGCUAAUUGGUUUUGAAAAGACAAAUGUAACAGGCAGAUAUGAUUACCACUUCUCCCCUGAUUCCACAAACAACAGUUAGGCAAGUCAAAUUACCUUAAUUUCAUUGGAGGAGAAAGCCAGCAAGCCAGGUUGAAGCCGCUGCUUGAUGCGAGUGAGCACUCGUUAGGUGAUAAUGGAUGCAUGUAAUUGGUGAAGUGUUGAUUGCUCCCCCAAAAAGAUUCCAUCGGAGGAGAAUCUUCUGUUUCAUUAAGCCAUGGUCAGAAAUAAUAAAAUAGCCACCUGUAGACUGAGAGAGAAAAGAGCGGGGGCUGGGGUAUAUGAAAGGUGCUCCUGAUCAGAAAUGAACUGCUUCCAGUAUACUGUUUGUUAAUAGUGAUUAUUGUAAAGACAGAUUGUAGUGUUAAAGUGGUGCCAUGUUCAUUGAUUCAUCCUUGUUUUCCUUUUUUCCCCUGUUGUCAUCCAUAUAUUUCAUUUGAUCUCAGCUUCGUUCUCUGUUUUAUAGGGUUUUACUUCUGCUGUUAAUCUUGCGGGCUGCAUCUGUGUGGUUUUCAUUCUGCUGUGUGUGUACAUCUUUGUAGUUUACAGCCUUAAUGUAUCAUUGGCUCUGCACACUAGCUCGCUUUUAUGGCAAAUGCACACUGAUACAGACACUUUAGAGCCACAAGUGCUUACUCAUCACAACGCAAGGGAGGGAAGCAUGUGCUUUGUUUAUCAAUGCACUGAUUACUAAGGAAUGCGAGGUCUACAAACUCUUAUUUCUAGGAACCCCCCCUCUCUCUUUCUCUUUCUCACUGUGAUGAGAUCUACCUCAUUUAUUUGUGACAACAUAACAAAAACACGUCUCUACCAAGAUAAGAGUGAUGGCAGUCUUAUUGGUCCGAAAUUGAUGACAUUGAUUUUCGUUCUAGAAAAGUCUGGUGAUGGUAAAAGCCCCUUAUCCUUUCCAAUCAGCUGCUUGUUCCGCAUCACUUAUGCUGAAAUGACAUAUCAUUGUCAGAUAGGGCAUGUUCACACAGCUGUUUUUUUUAACAUACAGUAAUAAUGACCAUGUCCAAUACACACACACACACACACACACACUCACACACACACUGUUAUGCUAGCUCAUUCUUAUCUUGCUGGCUGACACCAUUUUGCUCUCUAACAAUCUUGCUAAUUAUAAUUGUUAAUUAAUUCUCUGCCAGUGUCCUCAUCAGGAGACUAAUAACCUACAUUUCCAUUAAUUAGACCUUCAACCCUUCGCUCCCUCUCUCAGUCUCUGCGUCCCACUCCAAUCCACCCCUUCGUCCUCCGCAUGCCUGCAUCCCUGCUCCCGCCUGCUGCUCUCUUCUCCCGAGAUUGUCCAUAGAUCACGUGCACACAUGCAGUGUGAUUAAUUAUGUGGCUGUGAGUGUGUCGCCUCCUUGUAAUACUGACAUUGUGGGGAUAAACAUUUGUCCACACAGUGCCUUUAUGGGAGCUUAGCUACCAUUUGGGGGCAAUAAGCGUGUCCACAAGGGAAGCCAUUGAGUUUGACAAUUAAAGGGAUAGUUUGACAUUUUGGGAAAUGCUUAUUUUCGCCUUCUAUGAGUUAGAUGAACAGAUGAUGUCAUUUUGAAGUCUGUAUGGUAAACAUGAAGCUGCUGGCUGGUAAGAUUACCAUGGCCUACAAAUAGCUACUCUGGCUCUGUCUAGAAGGUAAAAAAGAAAUACAAAAAUCUACCUACAAACAAAACUAAAUCUCACUUAUUUACACUUUAUGGUAGUCUAGGUCUCUAACGGUUGCCUGGCAACUGGUCCUGGCCAAUACAUAGUGUGGCAUAAAACUGAGCUGAAAAAUAGCAAAUUGUUGUUUUUACACUUUUAACAUUUUACAAGAAUAAAAAACAACACCAUAACAUGUAAAUCUGUGAGCUUUAGAGAUGAUGGUAGACAUUUUUUACCCAAUUCAGAUCAAGCCAGCCUAUAGCCAAUUGAUAAGCUUCCCAACUUCUGGCCAUCGCUACACAUUUCAGCUACCAACAUGAGUAUGGAAUUAUUCUCUGCAAAUCAUAAAUAUAGUGAGUGUAUCUCCCAAAAUGUCAACAAAUGUUGUCGUCCAGUAUGUGUUUGUAGGUGUAGGUUUGUGUUUGUGUGAGUACCAUCAAUGGACAAACAUCCCCUCUCUCUUGGAAACUACUCUUCCCAUCAGGCUUAGCUGACCUGGUUUCAGUGCACAGUGGAUCAGUGUUAUCAUGUCACCACUUGCUGUGAUAUCAGAACAAACUUCAGAUGUGGUGAACACACUGUUAAACGCACUGUUGCAGAAAAGAUUAACAGGGUUGCUUAUUUCACAGGCCUGUUGAUCCUUCAGUCAUCUGGAUCUGCUGCGAACUCCAUGACUUUUAACCAAUUAAUUCACGUUUUAGCUGUGCUUAAUUAGAGAUUUCUCUGACUCUCGACCUCUGAAUCUUUCUGCUCUUUUCUGCCAGACUGGAUACUCUCCCUCUAUCUCUCUCUCCUCUUCUUUUCCUCCCUCCCGUCUGGCACUAGAGGAAGUGAGAGACAGUUGGCGCUCCCGUGUCCAUACUGUAUUGGUGGUGGCAAAAUGGCAGCUUCUGUCAUCCGUCCUCCUUCCUCUAACUCCCUACCCUCUCCUGAGAGAAGUAACCCAGAUUUCAAAAUGAAUCACUGCCUGUUCCCCUCAAUCUUUCUCCUCUCUCUCUUUCUAUCUCUCUUUCUCCUCUCUCUCUCUCUCCCUCUCUCUCUUUUUCUUACUCUCUCCAUCUCUUGUCCUCUUCUUAGUUAAACAGAAUCAAUCUUGGAAAGAGAAUACCACCUCUCUAUCUCGUCCUCCUCCUCACCCUGCCUCUGGGUUAACGGAUAUAUAUCACUUCACUCUUCUAUCUUUGGUUCCUAGAGAGCUCGAAUCUCCUGAAACGCUUGUUGCUUUCGCUUUUUGUUGUAACAGGAUUUUCUUUUCUGUUUUCUUUUUUUCCCUGGUUGAUUUCUUUCUUGUAGCCAAAGUACUGCUUUCUGGGUAUUUUCUUUCCUGUAUUUCUCUUUUUUUGAGGUGACCAGCAACAGGUGGGACACCUUAGCAUUUCUUUUGAAGUGAGGAGAAGAAAGGGAGAGAGGAAGAGAAGGAAGCUGCCUUUCCUCUAAAGCCACCACAAAUCUCCAGGCAUCAUGUCGACCCCGGUCUCCCCUUCCCCAUCCCUCUCCCCGUUGGCGCUGGCCUCCCCUACAUCGGCGACCCCCCCGCUGCCCUCGCCCCUCUCCCCUCCACCAAGAGUGCCUGUGUUCCAGAGGAAGGGAGCGCUCAAACAUAAGAGGAUUGUGGAGGUGAAAGACCACCAGUUCACGGCCCGCUUCUUCAAACAGCCCACCUUCUGCAGCCACUGCACCGACUUCAUCUGGGGCAUCGGCAAACAGGGAUUCCAAUGUCAAGUUUGCAGUUUUGUGGUCCACAAAAGAUGUCACGAAUUAGUGACCUUCACUUGCCCCGGCUCUGUGGCGGGCCCACAACCAGAUGAUCUGGCAAGUCAACACACAUUUAAGGUCCAGACUUACUCCAGUCCCACCUUCUGCGACCACUGUGGCUCGCUGCUGUACGGCUUGAUACACCAGGGCAUGAAAUGUAGCAGUUGUGACAUGAACGUCCAUCGGCGGUGUGAGGCCAGUGUUCCCAGUCUCUGUGGUGAGGACCACACAGAGCAGAGGGGGAGGAUCCACCUGACUGUGAGAGGAGAGAAGGAGGAUGUCUUCGUCACAGUGCGGGAGGCUCGUAACCUGAUGCCCAUGGAUCCAAACGGCCUGUCAGACCCGUAUGUUAAACUGAAAUUGAUUCCAGACCCGAAGAGCCACAGCAAACAGAAGACAAAGACCAUCCGCUCAACACUCAAUCCCAUCUGGAAUGAGAGUUUCACCUUCUCAGUGCGCGGUACCCAGUGGGACAGGCGUCUGUCUGUGGAGGUGUGGGACUGGGACCGCACGUCUAGGAACGAUUUCAUGGGAGCGCUGUCAUUCGGAGUGAGUGAGAUCUUCAGGCGUCCCAUCAGCGGCUGGUUCAAACUGCUGGCCGAAGAUGAAGGAGAGUACUAUAACAUCCCAGUGCCAGACCCAGACCUCCAGGAGCCUCAGCCAGACGGCAUACUACCCUCUCUGCCUCAUGCCCUCCCCCCUUCGCUGUCUGAGACGUUCCUUGUGGCCCUGUCGCCGGCCUCUGUCCCAUCCGGCCCCCCCGUCCACGCCCCCGGCCCUGCCAAAGUCCAAGUGGGCAUCCUGGACUUCAACUUCCUCAUGGUGCUGGGAAAAGGCAGCUUUGGCAAGGUGCUGCUGGCAGAGGAGCGAGGCAGCGAGCGUCUGUUCGCCGUGAAAGUGUUGAAAAAAGACGUUCUCUUCCAGGACGAAGACACGGAGAGCGCCAUGGUGGAGAGGAGGGUUCUGGCGCUUUCCACCCGCCCUCACUUCCUCACAUCGCUGUACUGCGCCUUCCAGACUGAGGACCGUCUGUAUUAUGUGAUGGAAUACGUCGACGGAGGAGAUCUGAUGUUUCACAUUCAGAUAGUCGGGAAGUUCAAAGAGCCUCACGCAGCGUUUUAUGCAGGCGAGAUAGCGGUCGGCCUGUUCUUCCUCCACAGCAAAGGCAUCAUCUACAGGGAUCUCAAGCUGGAUAAUGUGCUGCUUGACAGCGAGGGCCACAUAAAGAUAGCUGACUUCGGGAUGUGCAGGGAGGGCAUGUUCCAGGGCGACACCACGCAGACGUUCUGCGGCACCCCAGACUACAUCGCCCCUGAGAUUGUGGCAUAUCAGCCCUAUGAUAAAGCAGUGGACUGGUGGUCUUUUGGAGUACUGCUGUAUGAAAUGCUGGCAGGACAGCCACCCUUUGAUGGUAUCGAUGAGGAGGAGCUGUUUCAGUCCAUCAUGGAACAAAGCGUCAUAUACCCGAAAAGUCUCACUCGUGAAGCUGUCGCUAUCUGCAAGGGACUCCUGACCAAGCACCCGUCCAAGCGUCUGGGCGGAGGACUGGACGCAGAGAGAGAAAUCAGGGAGCAUCCGUUCUUCCGCUGGCUCGACUGGGACCGUCUGGAGAGACUGGAGAUCACACCGCCAUUCCAACCAAGAACUGGUGGGAAGAAAGGAGAAAACUUUGACCAGUUCUUCACAGCAGCUCCGUCAGUGCUCACUCCCUCUGACUCCGAUGUACUAGCAGCCAUCAACCAGGAGGACUUCCAGGACUUCACCUUCCAAAACCCAGACUUUGCCCCCUCGCCUCUCACUGCCAUUUGAAAACAGAUCCCACCAACCUUUUUAAGCCUCUUAAUAGUAGUUUUAUAACAAAGAAUUUAAACAUGAGAUCUAGCAGCAGCUUUCAAAGACACCUCUCAUAUCCAAAUUCUGACGUUUACAUGAAAAUGCCAAGACACCUUUAAAGUCAUGCACUCUAUUUGAUGUUUGUUCAAUCUUGAUAGUCACAGAAACUGUUGCAACAAUCCAAAUAAGCCAGUAUUUUCCUGUAGAUUCCCUUCUUAGAGUUUUUUGAAAGACAUAUCCCUUGACAUAGGAGUACUGUAGAAAUGAGUCUCUUUUGCAUGCAUGUUUUUAGAAUAAAAGGCUUUGACACACUAGUUUUCUAUAGUUAUAGAGUACUAUACUGUGUGACUUUACAAUCAAUGUAUUUCAAACGGUUACCACAUCUUUCAUUAGAAAUGUGUUUUCAGGAGCUGUAUUUACCAAACAAUUACAAGUCAGGUUUAAGUAAAGCAGCUAUACAGGCCACAUAGCAGGCAAAACAGUCACUUUUUAAUAUUUUUGCAUUUCAUACACAUCUGUCUCACUGUGUGUGUCUGAGUGUUGACUAUGAUGCAAACUGAGUGAGUAGCCUUUUUAUUUGUGUUAGACUGGCAUUCUGUGGAAGAGCUCGGUCAGGUUCUUCUGACCUCCCAGUUGAAUGUCACACCGGUGACCACAGAUGACCCACUGUAUGCUGAAACAACACAUUGGGCACAAUGUGACUGUUAACGUAGACCAACACCCCCAGCUCAUGCCCGCUAUGCCUGACUCUAUUAUCACUGAGAUGGCGUCCUUACAUCACUGCCACAGUUUAGGCUGCAUCCUUUUUAGUUCACAGGGUUUUAUUUCUCUAUUCUUCUUGAGCGAGCCCCUCCACAUUGCAAAAAAGUGCUCCUAAUGACAUCAUACUACUGAAAUCUGUAUGUGCAGUAUUAGAUAAUUAGCCUCUUAAUGAUGUUUUCCGGUUGGACUUUAUUAUUUUUGUGGUGUAUACCAUAAAGCUUUUUGCUGUGUAAUGACGUAUACUCACAGCAUUGAUUAGGCGUAAUUAAAAGUGAGGCUCUCUGGGACUGUUCAAUACAUGGAAACAUAAUAGCAGCACUGUCAUUAAACACUAUCUGAGCAGGGCAGGUGGCUGCAAACAUACGGUUUAAUAAUCCCAUUUCAGUGUUCUUAUCUCACAAACCAGCUGGCUGAUUCCCACAGAAAUCUGUUUUUCUUUUAAGCUUCUUCAUGAUUUUUUAGCAUACUAUGUCAGCAUAAUGAUAAUUAUAACCAUUUUUCAUCCAGGGGAGCAAAAUCAUACAGAUUAGCAUUAAUUGUGUGCAUCCCAUUAAAAGUGGUCAACUGUAAAAGGUCAAAGCAGUUCAACUGAUCGCCUCAGAGUGAGUUGAGAUGCAAUGUCACAACACACAAUACUAACCAAUACUCUCAAUAAAUACAAUACAAUAGAUAAUGUAUGUAUCUGUUAGUUGAGUUAACUUCUGUUUUUAUCUGCUGAAAAAUCUAAAUUGCAAUAAACUUAAUGAAACAAUCAUUAAACAAGAA